AUGGCUACCUCGGUAGAGGAACUGAAGGCUCUGUCGAACAACACCGAAACUGCACUCUUGGGACGUGGUAGGCACGAAAUUGUAGACGAGAUGAUGCUGGAACUUGUGGUAUACUCCAGGGAGCUGAAUCAGCCUCUAGAGCAGUACUAG